AAUUCACUGUGGAGAUCGUCUCCAUUCAAGUGCCCCACAUGCCGUAAGGAAACUUCAGCUACCGGAGUCAAUAGCCUACAGGUUAAUUACUCCCUCAAAGGUAUCGUGGAAAAGUAUAACAAGAUCAAGAUCUCUCCCAAAAUGCCAGUGUGCAAAGGACACUUGGGGCAGCCUCUCAACAUUUUCUGCCUGACUGACAUGCAGCUCAUUUGUGGGAUCUGUGCUACUCGUGGUGACCACACCAAGCAUGUCUUCUGUUCUAUUGAAGAUGCCUAUGCUCAGGAAAGGAAUGCCUUUGAGUCCCUCUUCCAGAGCUUUGAGACCUGGCGUCGGGGAGAUGCUCUUUCUCGCUUGGAUACCUUGGAGACUAGCAAAAGGAAAUCUCUACAGUUACUGACUAAAGAUUCAGAUAAAGUGAAGGAGUUUUUUGAGAAGUUACAACACACAUUAGAUCAAAAGAAGAAUGAAAUCCUGUCUGACUUUGAGACCAUGAAACUUGCAGUUAUGCAAGCCUAUGACCCAGAGAUCAACAAACUCAACACCAUCUUGCAGGAACAGCGAAUGGCAUUUAACAUUGCUGAGGCUUUCAAAGAUGUAUCAGAACCCAUCGUAUUUCUGCAACAGAUGCAGGAGUUCCGGGAGAAAAUAAAAGUAAUCAAGGAAACUCCUUUGCCUCCCUCUAAUUUGCCCACAAGCCCUUUAAUGAAGAACUUUGAUACCAGUCAAUGGGAAGACAUAAAACUAGUAGAUGUGGAUAAACUUUCUUUGCCUCAAGAUACUGGCACAUUCAUUAGCAAGAUUCCUUGGGGCUUUUAUCAGUUAUUUGUGGUAGUCAUUCUUCUUGGCCUUCUCAUUUUCUUUAGUCCUACCAUAUUCCUCGAAUGGUCUUUAUUUGAUGAAAUCACAACUUGGAAAGACAGUCUUUCAAACUUUAGUUCUUAUCUGACUAAAUCAGCUGAUUUUGUAGAACAAUCAGUUUUUUACUGGGAACAGUUGACAGAUGGGUUUUUCAUUUUCAGUGAAAGACUGAAGAAUUUUACUUUGGUGGUGCUGAACAAUGUGGCAGAAUUUGUGUGCAAAUAUAAACUAUUAUAAAAUCUGUUUCAAGGACAUAGUUCUGUGUCUUUUGUUAGAAAUUUGAUAGAAUACAGAGUGGUAGAGUUCAGAUGUGGUCAAGAUUCUAGGGAGAUAUCUUCCUCCAAAAGUAUACCUUUCAAAAAUAAUGUCUUAUACAUGUCUUUGAAAUUAGGUAGCAUAAAGAUAAAAGUGAAAUUUAAUAGUGUAGGCCCAAACCUUCCUUCCUUUUUAGAGUGCUUUUGAAAUAAGCAUCCUGUCCCCAAUAUUGGUUGUGUUUUUGUUAUGAAAAAAGGGGAGGUGAGAGCACACGAUUUAGUAUUGUACUGAUGAGGUAGUAUAAUAAUGAUUGUUCUUAAGCAUGUAAUAAAGACUACUCUUGUAAAGCCACUUUUUUUGGAGAGUGUACAUUCUUUAAAAAAGGAUUCAGAUGUGAUGGAUUCCCAACUUUUUCUGCAGAGGGUUGAUUUUCUUUUUUCUGAUAUAGUGUAAAUCUCAUGUAACCAAAAACUGGCAUUUUCUUUACUAAGUUUACAUUUUUAGGAGGGUAGAGUUUUAUUUCAACUUGCCUUUUAUCUGCUUAGGUUUUGUAAAUUUAUCAUGAAAGGAAUUUGGUGGUAAACUACAAAAGUGUUAGGCAGUUGUACAAGCAAAGGCACAGGUUACAAAAAAAAGGACAUGGCAAGAGCAGGAAAUGGGAAAGACUUUUUUAUUGGCAGCUAGGUAUUGUUCCAAAGUAUCAAUGGCAACUGUCCAGCCAGUUGAUUCACUUGUUUAAGACUUUUUUUCUCUUUUUGGCCAUAUCAGCCGCAUGUGGAAGUUCCCAGGGCCAGGGAUCAAACCCACGCCACAGCAGCAACCCAAGCCCUAGCAGUGACAACACUGGAUCCUUAAUCUCCUGUGUCACCAGAGAACAACCAAAGAAUUUUUUUAAGAGUAGUAAGCCUAAUUUGACAGUCAGAUAGCAAAGUACAUAGCAAUCAGCUAAACACUAAUGCUGUCCUAUCUGCUCACGGGAGAUUAAGAUGCCCUAUCUCUCACAGGACAAAACACUUAAUUUUUUCACCGAGUUUAGAAUUCACAUGAAAACAAGAAGUGACUUAUCUUAGAACUGCUUUCAGUCAAUCUUAUUUCUGUCAUGGGACAAGACAUUCCUUUGACAGCCCAGAGUAUCUUUACCCGAAUCCAUUAGUUUGGGUGAGAGAAAGUAACACAAGCAGGGACUGGAGAGAAAGGUGGCAACUAAAUUUAAAGUACGGAAGAAUCAUUCUAGCUAUGAGAAGAGUCAAAGCUGCUAGUUGAGCUAAUGGUUCCCUUGUCCCCAACUGAUAGCCCAUGAUUUAGUCACUAAAUUGCUAAAGAAAUAAGACAAUAUUUCUCUGUAAAUCCUACCUCUCCCAUAUGGACUCACAGCAGAUAAGAGAUCUGGGAAGGGGAAUACUUUUCUGCUCCUGAUAUUUUUUUUUUGGCCAUGCCCACCACAUGUAGAAGUUCCCAGGUCAGGGACUGAACCUGCACCAUGGCAGCAACCUGAGCCACUGAACACUGGAUCCUUAAUCCACUGUGCCACAAGGGAACUCCCUGUAUAUAUAUUGAACAGUAGAUUUAGAUGAGGUUUUCAUGAAGGAUUUUUUUUUUUAAAUGGGAUACAGUAAAGGAAUCAAUGUGACACCUGUCCUCAGAUAUAUUGGCCAUUUCCCUUAACUAUCCAGUUCCUCAUCUUGCUUUUUCAUUUUGUAUACUGCAAGUUCCCAAGCAACUCUCAGAUUGUAAACAUGGCUAUGGAUACACUAUUUGCUUUACAAUAGUUACCUGGAAAUCUAGGUCUCUGUUUGUAUUUUCCCCUCCCCCACAUUUCUUAAUCAUACUUAACAGCAUUUGUGGUUAUAGGUGAUUUAUAAAUUCCUAAGUGUGUCAUGGUUUGUAGCCUCCAGUUUGAAGCAAAAGAAUGAGUACUCAGGAACUGGUCACUUUGAAUGUGGGAGGAAAGAUAUUCACCACAAGGUCUUCAACCAUAAAGCAGUUUCCUGCCUCUCGCCUGACACGAAUGUUGGAUGGCAGAGACCAAGAAUUCAAGAUGGUUGGUGGCCAGAUUUUUGUGGACAGAGAUGGUGUUUUAUUUAGUUUCAUCUUAGAUUUUUUGAGAACUCACCAGCUUUUAUUACCCACUGACUUUUCAGACUAUCUUAGGCUUCAGAGGGAGGUUCUAUUCUAUGAACUUGAUCCUCUGGUGGAUCUCUUAAACCAAGAACACCUGCUACAGCCGAAACCUGCUCUUGUGGAGGUGCAUUUCCUAAGCAGAAACACUCAAGCUUUUUUCAGGGUGUUUAGCUCUUGCGGCAAAACAAUUGAGAUGCUAACUGGGAGGAUUACAGUGUUUGUAGAGCAAACUUUGGUGGCACCGACCUGGAGUAGUAACUCCUUCCCUCCUCAGAUGACCUUACUUCCACUGCCUCCACAGAGACCUUCUUACCAUGACCUGGUAUUCCACUGUGGCUCUGACAGCUCUACAGACAACCAAUCGGGAAUCAGGUAUGUUUCUAUAAAACCUGAUAACCGAAAACUGGCCAAUGGAACAAAUGUACUCGGCUUACUGAUUGACACUUUAUUAAUGGAAGACUUCCAUCUGGUCAGCACCAGAACAGCAUCCUCUGAAGACAAAACUGAAUGCUAUAGCUUUGAAAGGAUAAAAAGGUCUGAAGCUCUCACCAUGAACAAAACACUGAAACCAGGGACUAUCCUCAUGCCACAGCAAUCUGAGAAAAAGAAAUGAAGUUUUCAUUCUCUUUUAGAGCAAAGAUAAAUUGUCAUUUUUUUGGUUUUGAAAUUUCACAUUUAGGGAUAUAUGUUAAUCAAAUAGGUACUCAGCCUAACUUUUUGGCCUUGUCCUCUACUGUGCCACCUUGGAGCAACCACACCUUACCAAUACUUAAGCCACAUUAAGCGCUUGCUGCUCUCUAAACACCAUGUACUUGGUACUUUGAUGCAUGUUCCUUCUACCUUCAAUGCCUCUUUCCCUUUCUCUUCUUCAUGAACACUUAUACAGCAUUCAAGAAUGGGCUAUGUAAUCAGACUGCUUGAUUUCUAAUCCCAACUCAAUCACUUAGUAGCUAUACAACUUGGGCAAGUCAUUAUUUAAUCUCUCUAUGCUUCAAUUUCCUCAUCUAUCAAAUGAGGAUAAUAAAUAUCUCCCUUAUGUGACAAAUGAGGCUCGAAAAAGAUAAUGUAAAAUACUCAGUGCAUUGCCUGGCACAUGGUAGGCACUCAGCAACUGUCAGUAAUGAUGAUGAUGAUUCUGAAGAUAGGUGGCCACUUUCAAUUGCACCUCUUCUGUGAGGUCUUAUUUUCCUCCUUUCCCAGGGAUAUUAAUUAGCUCUUUUCACUACAUAGACUUUUGUGCCAUCAUAAAAACAAAUUUUUCUUUUUCUUUCUUUCUUUCUUUUUUUUUUUUAGGGCUGCACUUGUGGCAUAUAGACGUUCUCAGGCUAGGGGUUCAGUUGGAGCUAUAGCCACCAGCCCACACCACAGCCAGAGCAACACAGGAUCCAAGCCUCGUCUGCGACCUACACCACAGCUCAUGCAACUCCAGAUCCUUAACCACUGAGCAAGGCCAGGGGUCAAACCUGUAACCUCACAGUUCCUAGUUGGAUUCAUCUCCACUGAGCCACAACGGGAACUACUAAAAACAAAUUCUUCUCACUUGAAUGUGAGCUCAAUCUACUCAACAAUUUUUUUUUUUGGUCUUUUUUUUUUUUUUUUCUAGGGCUGUACCCGCGGCACAUGGAGGUUCCCAGGCUAGGGGUCUAAUCCGAGCUCUAGCCACUGGCUUAUGCCACAGCCACAGCAACACGGGAUCCAAGCUGCGUCUGCGACCUACUCCCCAGGUCACAGCAAUGCCGGAUCCUUAACACACUGAGCAAGGCCAGGGAUCGAACCCACAACCUCAUAGUUCCUAGUCGGAUUCGUUAACCACUGAGCCACGAUGGGAACUCCUCCUAUUCAACAAUUUUAACACCAGUAUGUGUAAAGCACUGUGCUAAACAUUUUGUGAGAAAAAUAAUACCUUUUUUACUAAGUAGUACCUACUUUGGUGAAAAGCUAUAACUUCUACUAACAGUUAAAAUACAAAUAUUGGAGUUCCCAUUGUGGCUCAGUGAGUUAAGAAUUCAACUAGUAUCCAUGAGGAUGUGGGUUUGAUCUCUGGCUUUGCUCAGUGGGUUAAGGAUUUGGUGAUGCUGCAAGCUGCGGCAUAGAUUGCAGAUGUGGCUUAGAACUGGCAUUGCUGUGGCUAAGGUGUAGGCCAGCAGCUGCAGCUCCAAUUCAACCCCUAGCCUGGGAACUUCCAUAUGCCAUAGGUGCAGCUGUAAAAUACAUUCCUCUGACUUAGUGAGUCCUCUUGUAGGAAUUCCUUUUAUAUAUGUGUCAUUUAAAAUAUUGGGACAGGAGUUCCUGCCAUGGCACAGUGGGUUAAGAAUCUGACUGCAGUGGCUAGGGUCGCUACAGAGGUGCACAUUCAAUCCCUGGCCCGGCACAGUGGUUUAAAGCAUCUGGAGUUGCUGCAGCUGCAGUGUAGGUCACAGCUGUGGCUCAGAUUCACUCCCUGGUCCAGGAACUUCCAUAUGCUGUGGGUGUGGCCAUUAAAAAUAUAUAUAUUAGGAUAAACAUCUAGAAAGGGAAUCAUUAAAUCAAAAAGCACCAAGCACUUUGCACACAGGUUAAAAACAUCCAGUGCAGGCAGGAAGUCAAGCACCAUUUUAAAAAGUACAAUUCAUUCAUUCAAAAAUAUCUUAAACAUUUGUUGGAGACUAUACUAACUUUUCAGAAUUAAAAUAUGAGUAAGACAAAAAUAUUUAUUCUGGAGUUCCCUUGUGGUGCAGCGGGUUAAGGAUGUGGCAUUGUCACUGCAGUGGCUCAGGUUGCUACUGUGGCACAGGUUUGAUCCCUGGCCUGGGAACUUACACAUGCUGCAGGCACCACUAAAAAAAUUCUAAUUCUCAAGGAACUCACAAAUGAGAAAGUAUAUCAUCAUAAGAGCAAAAUUAGAAAUAAACUCAAAGUUCAUCAAUAGGGAAUGGGUAAAUUAUAGUUCAAACAAUGAAAUACUGUGCAGCCUUUAAAAAGAAUGCAGCAGCAGCUUAUGAACUCACAAGGAAGAAUUGUCAAAUAUUUAUAAGUUGAAAAAAGUGAAGUGUAAGACAAUGUAUAAAUUAGGAAAAUAUAUAUCCACUUUAUAUACAGUAUAUAGUUUUCAUUUGUGGAAAAAUAUAUAAUACUCAUAUUAGAUAUUGGUCACCUCUGGAGAGGGAACUGAGUGAGAUUUAGGUGGGGGAGGAAGACUUACUUUUCACCAGACUAGGUAGGUUUAUUUCUUUAAAAAGGAAGAAAAAGCCAUACCUGAAAGAUUGUGUGUGUGUGUGUGUGGGUUAGAGGGACUGUUAUUACAUAGUAUGGGCUAUUAUCUCAUACAGACACAAAUUUUAUUCUGUGACCCUUCCUGUAAAACCCCUACCUUUAGUAAAGAAAUUUAAAAAAAUUUUUUAAAUUUAUUAUUAUUAUUAUUGCUGUAGCAUGCAUGUAGGAGCUUGACAUGAGAUCUCAGUUUCCAGACCAGGAGUAGAACCCAGGCCACAGCAGUGCUAGUGCUGAAUCCUAACCACUAGACCACCAGGGAACUGCCUAGUAAAGAAAUUUUUAGUAAUUACCUACAGAUUUGUAUAAGUUAUAGGGAAUAAGUUUUUUAAAAAUUUCCUAAUAGUACCUCAAAAAGUUAUAUAUCACGGAAAAGUGCAAGAUACUUCACGAUUGGUAAUGUUAAGGUCAGCAACUGAAAACAAAGACCCAAAUAAGAAAAAAAAAGCCUUUUGACUGUUUUGUUUUUAGUGGCAUUUACCCCUUUUUUACAGCAGAAGAGCCAACUUAGUUGUUUUAGUCUCUCAUCUUAGUUUUGGGGAUGAUGUAUCUGGUCUUGUUCCCUUGCUAGCAUCAUAUUCUAAGGUACAAUAUUUCUACAUUGCUAAGUUUUUUGCAUGUAUGUGAUUUAACUAACUGGGUAUAGUUGGCAUGGUUUUAUGUGUAUGUAUAUUUAUGUGUAAUUCUGUAUAGUGCUCUGCUGAUAAGAUUAUUAAAAACUGAUAACUGGUUAAAAGAAUACUUAAGCAAAAAAUAUGGAUCGGCAAGGAAUAAGACAGGAAAUGUUUAAAUUGCUAUUAAUGUAUUCUUAGUCAUUCACACUUGUAGAAACUAGUUUGAAAUGAGAAAUAAAAUGUUCUUUUUACUGAGCUAAUAGAAACAUUACCUAUGGAAACAUGUAAUAUACAUAAACUUCAUUCAUUCAUUCAAUAAAUAUUUAUUGACGUCUACUGUGUGUCAAAUACUAUUCUAGACAUUGGAGAUACUGCAAGGAAUACAACAAGGCCUUCCCUUCCAGAGCUAACUACAAACACAAUUCAUAACAUUGACAAUGGGUUUAAAUUAAAAUAACUUAAGUCUCUAAUUAAAUAGUUUUUUAAAAAUCAUGGGUUCACAAUACAGAGGAUUUAGAAGGAGACAGAUUACCAAAAUUAAAAAAAUAUGUAUGAUUCAUUAGGAAAAGUGUACUUUUGGAGUGGAUUGAGUUUCUUUUUUCUUUUUUUGUCUUUUUAGGACUGCACCGGUGGCAUAUGGAGGUUCCCAGGCUAGUAGUCUGAUCGGAGCUGUACCUGCCAGCCUACACCAGAGCCACAGCAAUGUGGAAUCGGAGCCAAGUCUGCGACCAAUACCACAGCUCCGGGCAAUGCAGGAUCCUUAACCCACUGAGCAAGGCCAGGGAUUGAACCUGUAACCUCAUGGUUCCUAGUCAGAUUAGUUUCUGCUGUGCCACGACAGGAACUCUGAGUUUAUUUUAGUAAAUAUUUUAGAAAUUAUAUCAUCUGGAACACACCUAUCAAGAUCAUCUCAGUAAGCCUCUUGUGUUCACUCCAAAAUAGAGUGGGACACUGUAACUGGGAAGUCAAGAUGUGAAAAAAAAUUGUUUUUUUACAAAGGGAGGCAGGUGUAUAGUUGGAAGAAAACAGGGACACGUUAGAUGUACCAGAGGCAAAUUAAAACUCUUGCCUGCUUUAGAAAAAUGAC